GUUUCCAAAGCUGUCUUCGGGAGUUGGUUUCGUUUCGCCUCAAGUCCGAGAAUGACUUGGGCGAGGCUAGCCAAGCACUCCGGCUUCCCUUGCAAUUCGAUUCCAGACGCGCUUCGACGAGGCGGUGGAAGCGAGAGGUAGAAAAGCAGCCCUCUCACAGAACGGAGGACGGCGGUCGGUGCUUGACAAAGGCCAGAAGGAGGCGACCGGAUCCCUUUCCCUGGAAAUCAGGAAGGCGUCUCGGGGCGCGGCGUGGGAGAAGCGAAAGCGAAAGGGCCGCCGGCGAUUCCCUUGCCUGGAGGGCUGAGGGGGUUCUGGGCCGGUCGGAGCGCCAUGGCGGAGGGCUGGAGGGCGCGUCCCUUCCCGCUGCUGGUGGCAGGGGAUUGGGGGAACGCCGAUCCCCCCCGGCCUCUGAAGAACAAACUUCUGCGCUACUUCCAGAGUCGGAAGACGUCGGGGGGCGGCGAGUGCGAGAUGCGGUGGCAAGGCGGGCUCUUCUGGGUCGACUUCGCGGAGAAAGAAGCGAGGCAAAGAGUUCUUUCCAAAGAGAGGCAUCAGCUUGACCUGGGAGAAGACGGGGUGCUGGCGCUGGUGGUCUCCCUUCCCGAGGAAACCACAGGUGGAACCACAGAAAAGGCUCCUCAGCAGGUUUCCAGAGGAGAAGAGCAGACGAAAGAGAUGGCGGAAAAGAAGCCCCCCAGGACAGAGGAUGUGCAAACAGUUCUGCAAAAAGAGGAUAUAACUGAAGUGAGAGAAUCAGCUGAGGAACGUCCAUCUCACAGUGAAAAUGCUUGCGCCGAAUCCCAAACAUAUUUUCAUGUUGCUCUUGAAAAUAUUGAUGAAUCUAUCAGAUUUGAAGUAUUAAGUCUACUGAUAGAAAAUAUCAGUGGGCUUUCAGUAGAAAAGGACUUCCAAACUGAACUGAUAAAGGAAAGAAAUGCUGCAGUGAUAACGUUCUCACAGAGUAGGGAUGCUGCAAAAUUUCUUCAGCUGUGUGCAAAGAAUGCCAGGAUUAAAGAAUAUAAAAUUACCGCUAGGUCUCUUGAACUGACACAGAUGAUCAAAGUUGAAAACAUUGCUCCUGAGGCAGGCAAAGAUUUCAUAACCCUUUAUUUUGAAAGUCAGAAGCAUGGAGGAGGACCAGUAUCCAGUGUUGAGAUGCUACCUGAUGAGGAUUCGGCUGUUGUUACUUUUUGUAACCAUCGAGUUGUGCAAAGAGUACUGGAAAUGCAGCAUUCAUUUUAUGAUCAACCAGUUUCAGUUUAUCCAUACUUCAGUUCUUUGGAUACUGCUUUGUAUGGGAAGGAGAGGCCACAGAUACGGAUUCCGGAACCCAUAAGAAUUCCUCUAGAUCCUUACAUCUGGCAGUUUCUCCAAGGAAGGCACAAACUAGUCCAAGAAAUAGAGAAAGAAAUGGAGAACUGCUUCGGUGACCUCACAUGGCCCCCAGUGACUUGUGAAGAUCCAGAAGUUUUGAUCUGCCCUUCAGCCGCUUUGCUGAAGCAAGGGAGGUCCAUGAGAAAAUGGGUUAAGACUUGGACAGAAAACGUUUGUACAGAGUUUGCAUGCAUCAUGUCAAAGUUCAAGAGUGCUAAAUGCAAAAUCAUCCCAGAGGCAUGGAAGACUAUAGAAAGCAAGUUGGUAAAAGAUGUUUUGGCCAUACCUGAUGCUUCCAAGGAAAUGGUUAUCCUAGCUGGUUUUGUCUUCACUGUGGAUAGCACUGAGAAUCAGGUGAAGGCUCACAUUGAAAAUUUGACGAGAGAUGCAGAAAAAGCAAGACAAAUGGUUCAAGAGACCUUGUCGGUUGCCCCAGGGAAGUAUGCCAUUUUGCAUCGUAUUUUGCAAGAAGAGAAUGUCUACAAGGAGAACUCAGGCCUUACUUUUUCUUAUGAUCCUGCAGCACGGCUGAUGCAACUUAAUGGAAUGCCUGCAGAGGUCUACAAGAUAAAAAGUGAGCUGCUGGAAAAAUUGCACAACAUGGAGGAGAAGAAAAUCAUCACUCCUCCUGUGGUUCUUCAGUUCCUUCAGCAUGCAGACAGGAUGAAGGUGUCUGCAGCCAUCUUUCAUGCAAACAACAUUCGUGCAUUUUAUGACCUUACAACUGAUUCUGUGGCCUUGAUAGGAUAUUCUCAUGACGAUCUCUUGAAAGCAGAGAAACAAAUGAAAAAAGACUUGGCUUAUAAACGUAUUCCUUUGGAGGACCAGCAACUCACCACCAAAAGGGAAUGGAAAGAUCUCUGUCAACGACUGCUGAAGAAAUACAAUUCUGUUGAUGAAAUUGUAAUCAUUGAUGACAGCCUUGUUUUGGAAGAAAAAGCUGAAGUAACCAUAGCUGGUUAUACAACACAAGUAGGUCAUGUCUAUCAGGAACUUUCUGACUUUGUUGAAAAAAAUACUCAAAUUGUGAAAGUAAUUCCUCUCAAGUCUGUGGUGGUUGUGCAGUUUAUGGAGAAGGAAAAGGGUAACAUUUGGCAUGAUUUGAAGAGGAAAGGUGUGAAAAUCAAAUUUGAGGAAGAGGCAAAAGAGAGGAAUAUUGUUCUUAGUGGACCUAAAGUAGAAGUGAUGAAGGCAGCAACUGUAGUCGAAGAAAUGCUCUCUUCAGUACAUUCUACCAAAGUCGUGUUUGAUAAACCAGGAGUGAAAGACUUUUUCAAACAGCGAGAACAUUCCUAUGUUAACGAAGUAAAGACCUCCUUCGGUUGUUUGAUUCUACUACAGAAAAAUGGAGCGUCUGAGGAAAAGGUAGGGUCCCCUCAUGCAAAAAUAACUUUGAAUACUGGCGUUGUGGUGGAGGCUCGUAAGGGAGACCUGACACGUUUUCCAGCUGAUGUUGUGGUCAAUGCAUCAAAUGAAGAGCUGAAGCACAUUGGUGGUCUUGCAGAGGCUUUGUCAAGAGCGGCUGGGCCAGAGUUACAGGCUGAGUGUAAUAGACUGAUUAAGAAACAUGGAAGUUUAAAACCUGGCUGUGCGGUUAUCACAGAUGCUUGGAAACUUCCAUGUAAACAGAUUGUUCAUGCAGUUGGGCCAAGAUGGGACAGUUCUGAAAAAGAAAAAUGUGCCUACCUCUUGAAGAAAGUUGUGAAGGAAAGUUUAAAGUGGGCAGAAACCUACAACCAUAAUUCAAUAGCCAUACCUGCAGUAAGUUCUGGGAUUUUUGGAUUCCCGGUCAAAGAAUGUGCCCAUUGCAUUGUCACAGCAGUCAAGGAAACAUUAGAAGAAUAUUCAGAAACUGGGUGUCUGAAACAGGUGUACCUUGUGGAUGUGUCAGAAGAUACCGUUCAGGUCUUUUCUGAUGCUUUAAAUGAAGUCUUCAGAGGAGGAUUGCCCCGGCCCGAAUCACCAGCUCAGUCCCACCCAGUUACUCAGCCAAAAGAAACUGGAGAAGAUUUUAAUGUGGCGACGACUUCUGAAGGCCUGAAACUCAUUCUUGAGAAAAAAAGCAUUCAAGAUGCAAUGACGGAUGUGGUCGUAAGCAGCGUUGGCAGAGACCUAAAGCUUGGCGUAGGUCCCCUUUCCAAAGCUCUUCUGCAGAAGGCUGGACCAGCCCUACAAGCCGAGUUUGAUCAAGCAGUCCAAGGUAGAGGGCCUCAGGUUGGAUUGGUGAUCCAGACAAGAGGACACAACUUGGCCAGCAGAAUUGUGCUUCAUGCUACUGUUCCACAAUGGGAUGGAGGAAAAGGACAAGCAGCAAAGGAACUUAAAUGUAUUGUGAAGAAAUGCCUGGAGAAAACAGAAGAGUUAUCGUUCAGUUCUGUCUCAUUCCCAGCAAUUGGGACAGGUGGAUUUUCCUUUCCAAGAUCUGAAGUCGCAAAACUAAUGUUUGAAGAGGUGCUUCAGUUCAGUAGCAGAAAGAAUUUCAAGUAUCUCCAGGAAGUUCAUUUUCUCUUACAUCCAAAAGAUAAAGAUAACAUACAGGCUUUCUCACAAGAGUUUGAAUCCAGGACUGGCGGAAAUGCAGGUUUUUUUGGACCUGUUUCCACCCCUGUUUUGGGAGUUCAUGAAAUGCAGAUUGGACCAAUUAAGUUCCAGUCAAUGACAGGAGAUAUUACCAAGGAGAAUACAGAUGUUAUUGUAAAUGUAACAAAUGCAGACUUUAAUGGCAAAUUAGGUGUUUCCAAAGCAAUUUUGGAAGGUGGUGGACCUCAAGUGGAAGCAGAGUGUGCAGCACUUGCCAUAAUGGAUCUCAUUGCAUUUCAUCAGGCCUUACAGCCUCACAAAGGGUUUAUAACAACGCAAGGGGGCAAUCUGCCCUGUAAGAAAAUUAUCCAUCUUGCUCCUGAUUCAGAUACUAGAGCCCAGGUCUCCAAAGUGCUAAAGGAAUGUGAAGCGAAGAAAUACACGUCUGUUGCCUUCCCUGCCAUUGGAACAGGUCAAGCGCAGAAGAGUCCUGAAAAUGCAGCUGAGGACAUGAUGAGUGCAAUUGCUGACUUUGCUGGCAAAGAAUCCCCCCAACAUUUGAAAACUGUUAAGAUUAUUAUAUUUCAGCCACAUUUGCAGAAUGCCUUUUAUACUUGUAUGAAAAAGAGAGAAGGUGUUGCAUUGCCCUCUUCAGAAUCCAUGAUCUCUAAGUUAAUAUCAACUGUAACUCGUAGAGUUGAAAAGAAACGUCUUUUGGUUUUGAAGAAAAAAGUUGAGAUGGCAGUGUUUGAAAUCUGCGGUGAAAACAGAAAAAAUGUGGCAGACACUGAAUCCUGGUUAAAAAAGUUGAUUCUUCAAGAGCAGUCAGAAAGUCACAUCACUGACGAAUUGAUUAGCAUGUUUGAUGACGCCGAAGUAGAGAAACUGAAUGAGCUCCAGAAAAGACUACGUAUUGCCAUUCAGCUGGAGAGAGAACAAUCUCCUCCUUUCAUUCUGGUAUCCGGCAUUCCCCGUGACAUUCUUACGGCUUCCACUGAAAUUCAGAAUUUGAUUAAGAGACUGAAAGCUGACCAAGAAAAGAAAUCCAAGGCAGAACUUGUUACGAAUCUGGUUGAGUGGCAGUAUUGUGCACAUGGGGAUACAUACAAACCUUUUGACAUUCUAACCAAUCUCCAUUUAGAAGAUGCAAGAAUUUGUAAUAAGAAACCUAUAAGUGUCCAGAUUAAUGGAAAGAGCUACAAGGUUGACGUUAAAAACAUGUGUGCUGAUGGUCAAGGAAGAAGUGUACCCAUUAAGCGCAUUGUAAAGGACGAAGGUACUGGCGAACUUCCUCCAAAUUGGGAAGAUAUGAAAGGAAGCCAUGUCAAAGUUGUUUUGCUACAGCCCACAACCCAGGAAUAUCAACAUGUGGAAACAGCAUUCCGGACAAGGUGCCCAACACAGAGAAUAGAAAAGAUUGAAAGGGUACAGAAUCCUUACCUCUGGAGACUCUACCAAGUGAAAAAGAAAGAGCUAGAUAAAAAGAAUGGCCAUACAAAUAAUGAGAAGCUCCUCUUCCAUGGGACUCCUGGCUCAUCAUUGUCCCAAAUUAACCAUACUGGAUUUAAUCGCAGUUACGCUGGAAAGAAUGCUGCAGCAAUUGGAAAUGGGACCUAUUUUGCUGUACAUGCAGACUAUUCUGCACAAGAUGUAUAUUCAACACCAGAUACGAAUGGUAGAAAAUUCAUGUACUUUGCUCGGGUUCUCACUGGUGAUUAUUGUCGUGGAAAUCAGGGACUCAUCACUCCACCAGCAAAAAACACGGGAGGUUUUGACCUAUACGACAGUGUGGCUGACAACAUGAAGAAUCCAAUGAUGUUUGUCAUAUUUUCUGAUGCCCAGGCCUAUCCAGAAUAUCUUAUUACUUUCAGAAAAUAACUAGAAUUUUGAUACUUAAAGAAUAGUCUUGUUCGUCACCUUCAAACACAUUAAACCUGAAUAAAAAUAGUUAGAACAAGUGAUAUAUUGGGCUUGCCCCUUGAUUACCUUUCGGGCUAAUCGAUUCUGCUGUGCCUUUUAAAAUGGCUAAAUUAAUGUUGGGUAAGUCCCCUGAGGCCAACACCAUUGAUUUUAUAGUACAGAACCAAAGGGAAGAAGUUGAAAUUUGAAAGUUUUGAGAUGUGUAAUUAUACCAUGGAGUGGAGCCUGGCUGCAUGUGAAAAUUGGCCCCAGACUCCUGAAGUUCAUCAAGUGCUGAAUUAGAUCAGUGUGUGCAUUGCAGUCUUAUAAAGGCAAUGAACAAAUAAGCAUGCAGACAGACUAUAAAAUCUGCUUUUCCCUCCACUGUGUUUCUUAGGGUAUUCUUAUCAGUUUGGCUUGGAAGUAUAUACUAAACCUAGAUAUUUGUUUUGGAAAUACCACACUAUUCCAGAAGGGAAAGAAGAAGGCUAGUGUGUGUGUUGAGGGCAGUUGUGGGGGGGGGAUAUCUUAUUUAUAGUAUUCCACUUCUUUUUCAAUGGCAACUAUGCCUGCCCAAACCAUUCUUCCCAAGCCUUUGUCCCGUGGUUUUGCUCGUGUUUACCUACAUGUAUAGCCAUACCUAGCAUUACUCCUGGAAGAAUCUCAGGGAAUUCUGACUUUUCACCACAGUGCCUCUGAAAAUUCUCUUCAUUCUUACUGUGAUGUAUUUGUAUUUUCUCCAUUUUUAGGCUUCUGCAAACCAUUAUUCUCAUGUGUUUAGAAUGUAGGAAGAGAGCAUAGUCAAUUUAAAAAAAGAUUAACAAAUAAAAGCAUUUACUUGUC